AUGAAAGAGAACCCCAGUGGCCCGCUUUACGUGGCGGGGCGAGGCGAGGCGGGCCAGGCCGCAGAGUGUGACUUGAAGUGGAACCUUGUCCUUCUGCGUCCUGCGACAGGCGGCGAAAUAGCUCGUGGGCCGCGAGCGCGCCCCGCGCCCGCCGCCGCAGCGACCGCGCGCCCCCCGCCCGCCUCCGACAUCGCGACUCCAGCGGGCGCCCGCUCUUCGGGGGCUGCGCGCCCUAGCGCUCGCAGCCCCGCCCGCCCCCCCCGCGCCGCCCCAGCGGCCGGCCCCGGCCCCGACGGCGACGGCGACGGCGACGUCGCCAUGCCCGAGCAGCCCAACUCCCCGCAGCUGAAGGAGCUCGUCUCCAGGCACGAGCAGCACGUCCGUGGCAACUCCGUGUCGGAGCCCGUGGCGCCGCGCCAGAAGCCGCGCGCGCGACUCCGCGACAGCUUCAUCCACCGGCCCGAGGAGCCGCAGCCGCAGCAGCAGCAGCAGCGGCCGGAGGACGGCCCCGACGAGCACCCCGAGGACGCCCGCCUGCUCGCCCAGCGCGCCUGCACCCUCAAGUCCAUCAUCCAGAAGCACGAGAAGCUCGUCGCCAGUGAGACUGAAACAGACAGACUGCGUCGCAGAUCACAGGAAGAGCCAGACUCAAGAGAUUCUACUAGUCCAGAACCCAGUCGCCGUCCUGGGAUACUGAAGAAAACUCGAGAUGACCAACUUGAUGAGGUGACCAGCACUUCAAAAACCACUGUUGUAUCAUCUCGAGGCCACGUGCGGUCAGAUGGCACUGUUUCACUGACACGUGAUGUAAUCAAAGGUGAGAGAGUGUGCCGUCCUGGGGAGGAGCCUGUUACCAAAGUAACCAAAACUCAUUAUUCCUACAAUACUCCUGAAGAGAAGAGCACUUUGUCAAUUGAACCUUAUGAAGAUGAAGACGAUGACAAGCCUCAAACAUCCCCUCAAUCCAGCAGAAAGUCCUCAGUUGCAAAGAGCUCUUCUCCUGAGCGAGGUAUUGUGGAGCAUGUUGAAGAUGAAGUUAAAUCAUCCAAAGUAACAUCUCUUAUUCGAGACAAUAGUCUCCGAAAAUUUAAAGUCACUGAAGAUGGUACGAAUAAGAAUACAUCUGUCACCAAAACACAAAUUACCGUUAGACCCGGUAAACUGAGUACUGAUGAUGAUGCGAACAGUGUUCGUAGGCGGUCCAAGCUGUUUGAGGAAAAGAUCGAUUCUCAUAAAACUCAAACAACUAACAAUAAAUUCACAUCAAACAGGGUGACAGAUGAUCAAAAAUUUAGCAGCAAACGAACAAUUGAACCUAGCAAAUCCACUAGGCCAUCACAGGGCACACGGUCACCUACUAGGUCAAUCUCUCCAGAAAAGAACAUUCCAGAUCAGUCAGAGAAGGAACCAUCCAGAGUUAGCAGUAAAUAUACUAGUUCAGUAACUUCAGUUACCCAAAAGUCUGAUAGUAGAAUCUCUCCUGAAAGGACACCAGAUUCCGUCCGUCGUAAAAUAUUUGCUAAUGAAGAUGAAGAUGAGGAAUAUGAGGUGUCUCGUCACUCUUCCUCUUACAGUCAGUCCACCACCCAAGUGACAACUCGUAAAGUAACAUCACAAUAUGAAACAUUUGAGGAGAGGAGAUACUCCAAAGAUGGUCUGGCUCUAGAAGAUAGGACAUCACCGGACAGGAAAGUGAGCAGCCUGGAGUACGAUGAUGAAGAAGAUGAAAAUUAUAAAGUUUCUGGUCAUUAUUCUUCAUCCUCGAAACAUUCAGUAAGAUCAAGCCCAGACCGAACAAGUUAUGGAAGAGAGGACGACACUGAUAGUCAAAAGAAUGAUCGUAAAUAUUCUGCGUCCAAGUCACAAUAUCGCACAACUGGUGGUACGACAGUCACAACAACCGAAACUUCGAGCACGAAUGUCUCUAGGUCCUCCACUCCCAGCACAGCAGGAAGGAGAAGAUCAUCCGCGACCGCAGAUGAUCGAGAAAGCUCACCAACACCUGGUUUUACAAGAGGAGCUAGAGGAGGAUCUGUGCGAGCACUGUCCCAGAAGUUCCAACAAGCGGCUGCUGAGGCCAACAGCAGUGAGUCGUCACGAACACAACGAACUUACCCCAAGGCAGGACUCAUCUUCCGAUCCGCAAGCUUCCGGCUUAACAACGGCCAUAUACCUGUCAGCUCUCCAACAGAGGAGCAAGCAACUCCAACGGUAAAGCAAACUGUUUCUGUGGAAGUAAAGACUGGCUCCUCUAGCACCCAGAGCACUCCUCGAGCUGAGCAGGAAAGCAAGACUUUCCUCAAUUCUCAGACAAAAGUCACGGGAGUGCAGGACAUUCUCACCCGCAUGAGGAAUGCUGACCAAGAUUACACAAUUGACCGAAAUGAUCUUCUGGCAGAUACGCAAGAAGGUGACACAGAGGAAGAUGCUGAGGCGAGAUCUCUCCUCAACAAGUUCUUGGGAGCACAAGUCAUUCUGCAGGGCAUGGAACCCUUGAUGAAGGGCACAGCGGAAGCCCAGGCACAGAGUGCCGUCCUGGUCAGUCAAGUCGAGAGGCAACGUGUUAUGAAGACUCAGAAGGCGCCUAGAGCAAAGAAGAGGCCUGAAGCAGAAGAUCCAUUUUGGCCCCAUAUUUGA